AUGGGCUCCUUCCACCUCAUUCGGAUGCUUUUGGAUGAAUACAUCCUGCUAGCAAUUGAGACGCAAUUCAACAAUGACAAAGAGCAGGACCUUCAGAAUCUACUGGAGAAAUAUAUGAGGAGUGCAGAUGCUAGUAAAGCUACAUUCUCCGCCUCCCCAAGUUCCUGCUUCUUGGCCAAUCGGAAUAAAUCCAGUGUGGCGUCAAAUGAUUCGACUGUCAAGGACGAGAACCCUCCAGAACAUGAUUUCCUGUCGCUCACAGCUGCACAGCAGGGGCUCGGGGCCGGUACUAUCGUGUACCAUAGUACCGAUCCGGACAACUUUACUAUCAAUGGUCAAAUGGAUUACUCGCAGAACAGCGCCCCCCUGAUGACCCCUCCGAUCUCUCCAGCCAUGAUCAACCGUAGCAGCGUGAUCAACCAAGGCCCGAUGGCUGUGAGGCCGCAGAGCAGCUGCCCCAUACAACCCCAACUGUCCUGCCAGACUUUCCCCGACACCAUGUACCAGAGUCUUCACAAUGCUAGUUCUGGCUCCUACCCCAACUCCUCUUACUACCAGCCUGUGUUCAGAGCUCAGACUCACACUCCCACGUCAGCCUAUCAGGCUCAUACUGAAAGCGGACGCUACGCACCCUUUUCUGGACACCAACUGACUAAAGACUGCUUCAGCAGCAGCUGUACCGGGUCUCCCUACAGCUCGAGGGUUGCAUCGGCUGGAUACGCUGCCGCAGGUGACCCUGCGAUGGACACUGAGGGCGUACAGCUGCUGGACUCCACAGGGUACAGCUUUGGAGGAAGUGCUGCCAGUGGAGAUGGGUGCGCUGGUUCGGUUUGCAGCUCUGGGCACAAUGGAUAUUACAACAGCAGUGGUUAUGUGGACGCUCAGAGAAUGGGCACGUUUAUCGAUCAGCAUGUGUCCGUUAUCAGCAGCGUGAGCAGCAUUCGCUCUGUUUCAGCCUACGCCGAAGUGCACGACCCUCUGAACAUCCUGGACAACACGAGCAGGAAGACAACAAGGCCCUACUACACUGAACUGUCUGCAAUGGGCACACACACAGCAGGAUCCAGCAUCGCUCAUUCCUGCUCCGUCUCAACACCCUGCAUGUAUGGAACUCCUGCUCCUUAUCAUUCCCAGAAUGCACUGCUGCCUGUCCAGGGAACCACAGAGAUCAGAGAAAUCGUGUCGUCCCUGCCCCCCAUCAACACCGUGUUCAUGGGCUCAACUGGUGGGCCAGCCUGACUGACACCUUAUCUGUAAUUCUACAUUAUACUCACAUGUUUUAGUUCAUCUGUAAAUCUUACAGUAGAUAUUUCAUUGCCACAUACAUUGCAGACUGGCUAACUGAUUUAUUUUAUAUUGUUUGAUUUGAAAUGGGGGGGUUGUGCUAACAAAUGACAGGUGACCCAAUUAUACAAUUAUCUUUUGUGUAGUAAAUACUGUAAUAUAAUCACAAUUCAUCUUUGUUCUUAGUAUAGCAUUCUUGUAUAUACUAAUAAAAAAUAUACAAUUUGUUCGCA